AUGGCCGAUCUGAGAGCCAUUGUCGCACUGGUCAUUCUUCUAUUCAUAUUCUUCUCGCCGCCGCCUGGUCAGNNGGAACCCCUUGUACGCGCUCGCUCACGUCUCGAACACAUCGUCGCUGCCGAACGCCAUGACUUGACUGUCCUCAAUCAAACACAUUUCGGAGAUUUCGAUCCCACGCAGAACAGAUGGCUCAACAUUAGCGGUUUCCGGGAGAAUGACACCUUCGUAUGGCAAGCACUACCUCUUGUAAAGGAGCGAGCCAGACAACAGUCAGCGCAUGCCUUGGGUCAUGACAAUCUGGUGCGACUUGAUGGCGAACAUGACGAUCAACCACCACUACCACUAUACCGCAACGUGACUGGCACCUUGUACGGCGAGUGGACUCGCUCGCCCGUUCAAACAUCAGUCGUGCCGCCCAAACUGAAUAUGUCCGAAUACGCGUCCAUCGGUCCCUUCGGUCCUAUACCAAUUCAUUCUUUCAGCAAGAAUGUCACUGCAAAGUCUGGAUCGCUGGAGGUCUGGUUUGAGGAGGCGGACACACAAGAUACACUGCUUUGGCAUGGGGACAAGAGAGUGGCUAGGGAGGUUAAGGCUCAGAUAUCUGUCGGCGACGAAGAGGUGGGUAACUCCUGGGACAGCAAACUGUUUGGCGUACACUUCCUCGAGACUGGGCAUAUCAUGCUGGCCACCACUACGAAUAAGUUUGCUGGAAUAUUCGGUCUACCACAUAUGGCUCUGUCCGGCCACAACUAUCGCUCCGCUCAAGAGUUGCUCAAUCGCACGCUGGGAACGUCCAUCGGACAACAGGAAGACGGACUUCUCCAAAGCUUCAGCCCCUGGGCGCCAACUCCUGAAGGCACUUCAGACUCUAUGCUAAGUCCUACGUGUGACUUGAUUGUCUACCUGCAGCAGCACUUGGUUCCGGUACCUGGGGUCAAGCCUGGCCCUGACCAGGAAACUCUUCUAUCCUUCAUCGAGCAGGAGAUUCGAUUUCCGACUGGUGCAUCUAUCCCAUCUCCUCAGCAGAUAGCUUUUUCCAUGGUGGCUUUCUCGCCAGAUUGUGGUUUCGUGAUCGAAUCAAAAGGUCCGCCAGAUGUUGCGCCGCAAGAAGCGAAUCAUCUUCGCGGUCUCAAGAUUGAGGUCGAGUACGAGCGUGCGAGAAGACAUCUGUUGAUUUUCGCUGUCGUCGUUGGCGGCCAGUUAUUCUUNUUCUUGCGUCAGAUGCGGGACGCAAGUACACCUUCCACAAGAAGCAGAAUCAGCUUCUACACGGUCAGCAUGUUGUCACUGGGAGACGGCUUCACAACAAUGGUUUUCUGCUUGGUCAGUCUGUUUAUUCAGGCUCUCUGGGUGCCGGUGAUUGCUACCGCUUUUCUGGCCUUUAUGAGCGUUAGUUUCUUUGGCAUGAGGUUUUUGAUGGAUAUUUGGGCUGUACAGGCGCCAGAGAGGGAACGCCGGGAAAGACAAGAACGACAACGGCGUCAACAAACUGCGGCCACAACUGCAGCUCCCACUUCAGUGCCAGCAGGCACGACGGAGAGUGCGCCUGCUCAGCCACCGGCACCAUCUCAACUACCAGUCAUCACUCCUGCGGGAGCAGAAACAUUACCUCAACCUGUGACAGCAGCUCGUCCAGUUGAUACAGGAGCCACACCGGUCUUCAUUCCUUCCGAUCAAGAUAUGCAGGCUGAAGAAGAUGCUCCCAACGCUGCCGCUACGGGAGUCGAGGCUGGCCAGCGUGCUCCAGGAUUCGGUUCUCUAUACACCCGCUUCUACUUCCUUCUGCUAGCGACAUUGUUCCUCUCACUCAACGCAACUUCAUGGCCCCGAGCUCUUCGGCGAGGUUACUUCACAAUCUUAGCAUUCUGCUAUCUAUCCUUUUGGGUACCGCAAAUCCACCGUAACUGCAUGCGUAAUUGUCGACAUGCAUUGCGGUGGGAUUUCGUGGCCGGUCAGUCAUUUCUGCGACUCCUUCCCUUUGCCUACUUCUAUGGUUAUGAGCAGAAUGUCCUUUCUGCUGCUGUCGACUUGAUUGAUCUUGGUAUACUGGCUGCUUGGAUUUGGAUACAAGUUUUGUUGCUAUUGAGUCAGGAAAUCAUAGGUCCUCGCUGGUUUGUGAGUGGCACCUGGGUGCCACCUGCCUAUGACUACCAUCCCAUUCUCCGAGAUGAUGAGGAAGCCAACAAUCUUCCUAUUGGUGCAACCACGUCGAUGCCUUCACCCGAGCAAGAAAAAGAGGCCAAGGAUAAAGGCAAGCGUGUUUUCGAUUGCGCAAUUUGUAUGCAUGAGAUUGAGGUGCCUGUGUUGAAUGGAGACUCUGCUGCUGAAGGUCUUCCGACUGGAUCUUUGGUUUUGGAGCGCAGAAGAUACAUGGUUACACCCUGUAGACAUAUCUUCCACUCUAGUUGUUUGGAGGGCUGGAUGAAGUUCAGACUCGUAUGUCCAAUCGAUCGUGAGGAGUUGCCGCCAUUGUAG